AUGGCUCUGCAGGAUGUGUGCAAGUGGCAGGCUCAUGACAGCAGAGGACCAUCCUCUCGUCUGCCUCUGGCAGAUGACUGGGCCAUGCCCCGAGGCUGUGACCCUCAAACCUUCCUGCAGACCCAUGGCCCCAGGCUAGCCCACGGCACCACCACCCUAGCCUUCCGCUUCCGUCAUGGCGUCAUUGCUGCAGCCGACACACGUUCCUCCUGUGGUAGCUAUGUGGCCUGUCCAGCCUCACGCAAGGUCAUCCCUGUGCACCAGCACCUCCUGGGUACCACUUCUGGCACCUCUGCUGAUUGUGUCACAUGGUAUCGGGUGCUACAGCGGGAGCUGCGACUUCGGGCACUGAGGGAGGGGCACCUGCCCAGUGUGGCCAGUGCAGCCAAGCUUCUAUCAGCCAUGAUGUCCCGCUACCGGGGUCUGGAUCUGUGUGUGGCUACUGCCCUGUGUGGCUGGGACCGCUCCGGACCUGCCCUCUUCUACGUCUACAGCAAUGGUACCUGCCUGCAGGGGGACAUCUUCUCUGUGGGCUCUGGAUCUCCCUAUGCCUAUGGUGUGCUGGACCGCAGUUACAACUAUGACAUGACCAUCCCAGAAGCUUAUGCCCUGGCCCGCUGUGCUGUUGCCCAUGCCACCCACCGCGAUGCCUACUCAGGGGGCUCAGUAGACCUUUUUCACGUGCGGGAGAGUGGAUGGGAAUAUGUAUCACGCGAUGAUGCCUGUGUCUUGUACAUGGAACUGGAGGAGCUCCGGGAGCCAGAGCCUGUGACGGAGGCAGAAGAUGGCAAGAUCCAUCCUUCCACGCCCCACAGAGCUGGAGAAGAUGAACUGUCUUCAGGGCCAGGGGAGAUGACACCAGACUCUAGGAUGCCUGCAGAGACUGAGAGGCUGUGA